AUGGAAGUAAUUAUAGGAAGUGAUCAUGCUGGUUUUCCAUUAAAAGAAAUUGUAAAAAAGUACUUAAUUGAAAAAGGAAUUAAAGUAAAUGAUAUGGGUACUUAUUCUACUGAAAGAUGUGAUUAUCCUGAUUUUGCUGAAAAAGUUGCACGUGAAGUUGUUAAAACUGGAAAAAAAGGUAUUUUAGUCUGUGGAAGUGGAAUUGGAAUUUCUAUAGCUGCAAAUAAAAUUAAUGGUGUUAGAUGUGCUCUUUGUCAUGAUCAUUAUACUGCUGUAAUGUGUAGAAGACAUAACGAUGCUAAUAUUAUUGCUUUUGGUGCUAGAGUUAUUGGUUCUGAUAUUGCAACUGAUAUGGUAGAUGUUUUCUUAUCUACUCCUUUUGAUGGAAUGCAACAUACUGCUCGUGUUGAAAAAAUUCAUAAAUUAGAACAAAAUCAUUAA